UUAAUCGAGUCGGAUCAGUCCUAAAACUUUCACAGAAAAUUUUUUCUACGUUCGAAGAACUUCAAUCUGAAACAUUGUUUUAGCGGAACUAAGCGGAACAAACGAAGGCAGUCAGUUCGUGUUUUUGGGGUAAAUUCAGCAAAAAAAAAUAAAUCCUGAGCUUUCUCCCUUCACCGAGUUCGUCUUCUCGACUCCACGGGGGAAGAACAUGCAGCGCUUCCGGGCAUCGCUGCGGCUGCUUGCGCGCUCUCGCUUUUCUGAGCACCAUGGAAGAAGUCUAUUCUCCUCUCUCGCAAACAACGCCUCCGUGGACGAUCUCGAUAAUCAAGUGUUGGUGGAAGGCAGGGGCAGUACUCGGACUGCAGUUCUCAAUCGACCCGCCUCUCUCAAUGCCCUCACCACUGCAAUGGGUGCGAGAUUGCAGAAACUCUAUAAAUCUUGGGAAGAUGAUCCCGAUGUAGGUUUUGUGAUGAUGAAGGGCAGUGGCAGGGCAUUUUGUGCGGGUGGAGAUAUUGUGAGUCUCUAUCGUUUGAUAAACAAAGGAAAACUAGAUGACAGUAGGGACUUUUUCAGGACACUUUAUACUUUCAUAUAUUUUCUAGGAACAUACUUGAAGCCACAUGUGGCCCUUUUAAAUGGCGUUACAAUGGGUGGUGGAGCCGGAGUUUCAAUCCCUGGGACUCUCCGAGUAGCGACAAAUAAAACCGUCUUUGCCACGCCUGAAACUUUGAUUGGUUUCCAUCCCGAUGCUGGUGCAUCCUUUUACCUCUCUCAUUUACCUGGUCAUAUUGGAGAAUAUUUGGGGUUAACAGGAGAAAAACUCGUCGGAUCAGAAAUGCUUGCCUGUGGACUGGCGACCCACUACACAAUUAGUGAAAGGCUUUCAAAUUUGGAAGAGCAACUUGGAAAGUUAGUAACUGAUGAUCCUUCGGUUAUCGAAAGUUCACUAGAGAAUUACGCGGAUAUUGUUUACCCUGAUAAGACUAGUGUUAUUCACAGGAUUGAGCUGCUGGAUAGAUGUUUUGGCCUCGACUCAGUAGAAGAAAUUAUUGAUGCCUUGGAAACUGAAGCGGGUAGAACGGAUGAUGACUGGUGCAAGUCCACUCUCAGGAGGCUCAAAGAAGCUUCUCCAUUGAGCUUGAAGGUUUCCUUAAGAUCCAUUCGGGAAGGCAGAUUCCAAACCCUCGAUCAGUGCUUGGCUCGUGAGUACCGUAUGUCCCUUCAGGGAAUCUCUGGGCAGAUUUCACGUGAUUUCUGCGAGGGUGUUCGAGCACGGAUGGUGAACAAGGACUUUACACCAAGGUGGGACCCACCGAGCCUAGAGAACGUCUCCAAGGACAUGGUGGAUCAAUAUUUUUCGCCUCUGAGUUCGUCUGAGCCUGAGCUUGAUCUGCCAACAAAACUCCGAGAAGCUUUCCCCUAAACCUUCUUCAGGAUUUGGUUGGCUGAUUCUUGGCGCCCUUUUAUGAUGGACAUAGCUGGCGCUCUGUUUCAUAAUUUCAGGGUGGUGAUUCUAUUCUGCUCCCUUAAUAUUCUUUGGUACGGUAUAUGAACUAAGAUCGGAAAUCGUUGGGAAAUAUAAAUAAAACAUUUGGAAGUGCCAGGUUUUGAACAAUUUACGGGCUGUCACUUGCCCAGAACCCAUGAAAGCCCAGAGGGAAAUUCAGGUGUUUGGGCACUUCAAAUCUUGCCACCGCUGCAUCAACUUCUCCAAUCCUCUUUGGAUCCAAAAUGACCAGAUAGCAUCUCUGUAUUGAAACUGCAUACUGCCAAAAAAUAAAAAUAAAAAUAAUUACUAUUGUAAUUA